UUCUUGUAAAUUUUGGAGGUACUUGCAUUGAGCGGACAAGUCACCUUGGAUUAUCUUUCAUUUGCGUUUUUUUUUUCGGUUUAUUUGCAAUGGAAGGGAAGGUGUUCUUGGGAAAAUACUUGAUAUGUGUGAUGUUACUGUUGGGGCAGCUACAUGGAUACCAAAGCUGUGUUGAGAAAGAAAGGAAUGCUUUGCUGGAGCUCAAGAAUUACUUUGUCUCAAUUACUCGAGAAGUUUUCGUAGACGAUGUUCUCCCUACUUGGACUAAUGACACAAAGAGCAAUUGCUGCGGCUGGGAUGGCCUUAGGUGCAAUCUUACAAGCGGACGGGUGACCGAGAUUGCCCUUUCUGGCACCUAUCCCUUUCUGACAAUCUUAAAAGAGAAUUCUCUCCUUAAUCUUUCGUUGCUACAUCCUUUUGAAGAUGUUCGAAGUCUGAACUUCUCCGGGCACCUUCUCAGUGGCUUGUUUGAUGACGUUGAAGGUUGUAAAAGCUUGAGGAGAUUAAGAAACCUGGAGAUUCUGGAUCUCUCUUAUAAUGAAUUCAACAACAGUAUCUUUCCCUUUCUUAACGCUGCAACAUCACUCACAACUCUUUUUCUUAGGGACAACUUCAUGGUUGACCCUUUUCCUGUUAAAGGUUAUAAAAGCUUGAGGAGAUUAAGAGACCUGGAGAUUCUGGAUCUCUCCUGGAAUAAUUUCAACAACAGCAUCUUUCCCUUUCUUAACGCUGCUACAUCACUCACAACUCUGUUUCUUAGGGGCAACAAAAUGGUUGGCCCUUUUUCGGUUAAAGAACUCAAAGAUUUGACAAACUUGGAACUGCUGGACCUGAGUGCAAACAGUUAUAACGGCUCCAUACCAGUACGAGAGAUAACUUCGCUCAGGAAGUUGAAAGCUCUGGAUCUAAGUGAUAAUGAAUUUUCGGGUUCAAUGGAUUUGCAAGGUAUUUGCAAAUUGAAGAAUAUGCAAGAGCUCGAUCUCAGUUACAACAAACUUGUAGGUCAGUUUCCCUUAUGUUUAACUAGCUUGACUGAACUUCGAGUUCUUGAUCUCUCAUCAAACCAGUUGACUGGGGAGAUCCCAUCUGCUCUCGGUAACCUUGAAUCCCUUGAGUAUUUAUCAUUGUUAGAUAACGACUUUGAAGGCUUCUUCUCAUUUGGUUGGCUCGUCAAACUCUCAGAGCUUAAAGUGUUGAAACUUGGCUCAAAAUCCAACUCGUUUCAAGUAGAUUCUAAGAGUUCCUGGAAACCAAAAUUUCGGCUGAAUGUUAUUGUACUACGAUCUUGCAACUUGGAAAUAGUUCCUCGUUUUCUCCUACAGCAGAAAGGUUUGAAUUAUGUUGAUCUUUCCGACAAUAAAAUUUCUGGAAACUUUCCUUGUUGGCUAUUGGCGAACAAUACAGAGCUCGAAGUUUUGCUUCUGAAGAAUAAUAUUCUUACGAGCUUUCAGCUACCGGAAUCUGCUCAUGAUCUAGUUGCCCUUGACGUGUCAGUCAAUGAAUUCAAUCAUAUGUUUCCUGAGAACAUUGGGUUGAUACUUCCACAUUUACGGUAUAUGAAUAUAUCGAAGAACGGCUUUCAAGGAAAUCUGCCAUCUUCUCUGGGUAACAUGAGUGGGAUUAAAAGUCUGGAUGUAUCUCACAACAGUUUCCAGGGAAAGCUACCAAGAAGCUUAGUAAAGGGUUGUUAUAACUUGGCUUACUUGAAGUUGUCACAUAACAAACUAAGUGGAGAGGUUUUUCCAGAAUCAGCAGAGUUAUAUGAUUUACGUUGGCUGUAUAUGGAUAACAAUCAGUUUACAGGAAAUAUUGGACAAGGUUUGCAGAACUUGACAUUUUUGCAUAUCCUUGAUAUAUCGAAUAACAAUCUCACGGGUGUUAUUCCAAGCUGGGUUGGCGAACUUCCAAGGUUAUAUGCAAUACUGCUUUCAAACAACUCGUUGGAAGGUGAAAUACCUACGUCGUUGUUCAACAAAACUUUUCUUCUGCUAUUGGACCUCUCUGCAAACAGUUUAUCUGGGGGAUUACCUCCACACGUCGAUUCUACAAGGCCGGUAAUAUUGCUCCUGCAAGACAAUCAUCUAUCAGGAGAUAUUCCAGACACAUUUCUAGGACAUGUCAGCAUACUUGAUCUGAGAAACAACAGAUUGUCUGGGAAUAUACCGGAGUUCAUCAACACCCAAAGCAUCAGUGUUCUUCUUCUCCGAGGGAAUAAUUUAACAGGACGCAUUCCUCGCCAGUUGUGUGGCCUAAGAAACAUCCAACUUCUGGAUCUUGCCAACAACAGAUUGAAUGGAUCCAUACCUUCAUGUCUCAGCAAUACAUCAUUUGCUUUGGGGAAAGAGGAUGAUGGAUUCGAUGGUUAUGGUUUCAUUUAUGGUACAAUUAGUGAUUAUUAUGAUGAUGUCGAUAUAUAUUUCAAACCUCUUCUUGAGCUAGCUCCGCUUUCUUCGCAAAUCGUGGUAGCCACCCAGACGAAAGUUGAAUUUGCAACAAAACAUCGAUACGAUGCCUACAUGACGCGUGGAAUUCUCAAAUAUCUGUUUGGGCUAGAUCUCUCUGAAAAUGAGCUAAGCGGUGAGAUUCCAAUAGAGCUUGGAGGUCUUCUAAAGAUACAAGCUCUCAAUCUUUCUCACAACAACUUAUCAGGAGGGAUACCAGAAAGCUUUUCAGGUCUGAACAAUGUGGAAAGCCUUGAUCUUUCCUUCAACAGAUUACAAGGCCGGAUCCCAUCAAGACUAGCAGAUCUGAGCAGCCUAGCUGUGUUCAAUGUCUCAUACAACAACUUAUCAGGAGCCAUUCCACUGGGAAGACAGUUUAACACCUUCGAUACACAAAGCUACUUAGGUAAUCCUCUUCUCUGUGGGAAACCAACCGACAUAAGCUGCAACGGUAACACCAUUCAAGCACCAGAUAAUGUAGCCAGAGAUGAAGAAAGCACAAUCGACAUGGUUUCUUUCUACUGGAGUUUUGCUGCAGCCUAUGUUACAGUACUUCUUGGAGUACUUGCAUCUCUCUCUUUUGAUUCUCCUUGGAGUAGGUUUUGGUUCUACACGGUUGAUGCUUUCAUCCACAAGGCGAGGAAUUUGUUGUGGUAAACUACUGUUAGUGUCCAUUCCAUUAAUGUGCCCCAUCUGUUGCUGUUCUUCUCAAAACCUCUUGCUUUGUUUCACAAAACCAGAACAGAACAUGUUUGGUUCCUCUGUACUGUCUUUGAAUAAAUGUAAUGCCUCAAACAUUCCUAGAGCUUGUUUUGAGGUUGAUUAUGAAGAACAAGAACUUC